GCUAUAAUAACAGAUACAAAGAAUAAUAAUUUAGAUCGAAAACUUUCGGAAUUUUGUUGUGCUUUAGCCUAUUUGUGAAACCCUCAAUGUCUCGAAUCUGACUCGCUCUUGACUGACUUGACGAAGUUUUAUCCGAAAAAAGGGAAAAUAUAAUUAAUCUAACUAAAAAAAUUAUAAAUAUUGAUGUCAAUAUUUUUUUUCUUGCACUAAACAAUUUUUAAAACACAGUUCAUACAAGCAUAUCCUAGAACAAUAGUUUGGUUUCUAGUAAGAAUUUUUGUGGCGGUUGUUACAUUGUCAUGUGCAUACUUCUAAUUCACAUACAAAUCAGUUUAAAAAUUUGUUAUAUUUUCAUUUUUUACCAGUGUACAUUAUGAAACUACUGGAAUCAAACGUGGAGCAAAAAUGACAAAGGACAUGAACUUUGAAGAAGUAUUUGUUCUUUCAACGAUGGCUUUACGCUUAAACAGAUCACAUUAUUCUAUUGCCCGAGAUACUAAAUGGAUGAUACAAUUUUUCUUAAUACUUUCAUCGUCAUUCACAAGUUUGAUAUUUCUCCUAUAUUCAAUCUUAUUUAAUGACAUUAAAACGGGAAAAAUAGCUGACGCCAGCAAAAACUUGGCGAUGGUUAUCAUCAGCCUUACUGUUACCAUGAAGUAUGUCGUACUGCUGUAUCAUCAAGGCUCUAUAAGCGAGCUCAUUUCUACGAUCAAUGUGGAUUACGACUUGGCUAAAGAUUUUCCUGAAGAAGAAAAACUGAUAGUACUGAAAUACGCUAAGAAGGGAGUAACUGUCAGUAAGUUUUGGAUCGUGUUUGCUUUUGGAACAAGCGCUAUAUUUCCUACAAAAGCGUUUGGGCUAAUGAGCUAUAAUUACUGGAAAGGAGAAUUCGCUCUUGUUCCGAUGUUCGACGUAACAUAUCCCGGUCAAAUAGAACCUCAUAAGAAUGAGCUCUGGGUCUUUCUGAUGCUGUUUGUAUUGUGUUUGAUAUUCGGAGCUUAUGCUGCGACGAUGUACGUGGGUUUUGAUCCUCUAGUUCCCAUAUUUAUGUUGCACACAUGUGGACAACUUGAAUUGCUAAGUCAACGCAUAAGUAAAGCUUUUGUUGAAGAUGUUAAUGAAACGAGACAAAAUUUGAUAAUCAUCAUUUUAAAACUGCAGAUACUAUACAACUUGAUGAGACGAGUUAAGAAUUAUUUUCAUAUUUUCUAUGAAUAUAACAUGAAGGCAACUACAUUUAUAUUACCGCUAAUAAUGUUCCAAAUACUUGAGGAUUUCAGACAUUCCCGUUUGAAUGUAGAGUUCCUUUCGUUUUUUGCUGGAUGCACUCUACACUUCUACAUGCCGUGUUACUAUAGCGACGUUCUCAUGGAAAAGUGCGAUAAAUUCCGCCAAGCCUUAUACUCGAGUGGGUGGGAGAAACAACCUGACAAACAAGUGCGACAGAUUGUAUUGUUCAUGUUGACGAGAGCCAAAAUCCCCAUGGGCAUUAGCACGGUGUUCUACUCGAUUAAUCUCAAUACUUUCGCCGAGAUGUGUCGACAAUCAUACGGAAUUCUAAGUUUAAUUAACGCAGCCUGCGUUGAACAUAAAAAUAAUUAA